GCUUAAUCUUAGCAACAGCUAAACACGCGUAAAGCGCAUUUUUAACUAAUUGUUCUUGGCGGUGCGCACACUAUCCAACAAGUGCGUGCUUGAAGCUCUGCUGUGUCUUAAGAAGCGAUUGAGGAGAAAACAAGAAUAUGGAGAUCACUGUCUAACAAUCUGGAGCUCGAAUCGAUCCAAGCAACCUCGUCGAACACGCACAUACUUUGUCGCAUUGAUGAAAAAAAAUGCGCGUUUGUUUGAUGCGCGUCGUGUGAUCUUGUGGAGUUUUUUGGAUAUGCUAUAGUUUCACCGCCGAUGGAGCCGCCGUAAUUCGUUGUUUUUGUCAUUUUUACAACAAACUAAAGGCGGGGCGGUUUGCUUAUAUUGUGAAGAUCCGAACCCAAAAGCCUUACAUCUAGACCAAUCGUGACCUGUGAAGACUUGUCCCUACACCUGGUUUCUUGGAGAAGGCUGCACAAUUGCGCAAGCUGCGAGAUAACUAUCGGACCUUUCCAUGGAAUCCACUCCACGCGUGAUCACCACUGAGGGUGUCGGUCCGAUCUGAUGUGGGGUAAAAAGUUGCCGUCUGGACAGUAAAUCACAUAUAUGAGGACCAAUACACACGUGCUAGUCAACACAAAGCGCAAAAAUGCCUAUGCAUCCGGUGACUUCCACUUUGAUGUACCGGGGGAUCUGCACCAUUCCUGAUAUCUUGUCGUACCGGGCACCGGUCAACCUGCCUGAGGACGAAGUGGAAGAAAUCCGGGAAGCAUUUAAGGUGUUUGAUCGAGAUGGAAAUGGCUUCAUCUCAAAGCAGGAACUCGGCCUGGCCAUGCGUUCUCUAGGGUACAUGCCCAAUGAGGUCGAGCUGGAGGUCAUCAUUCAAAGACUCGACAUGGAUGGAGACGGCCAGGUGGAUUUUGAGGAAUUCGUUACUCUCCUGGGGCCCAAACUUUCGGCUGCUGGGAUGCCUGACAAGUUCAACGGAACCAAUUUUGACUCUGUGUUCUGGAAGUGUGAUAUGCAGAAGCUGACUGUGGAAGAGCUGAAGAGACUCUUAUAUGACACCUUCUGUGACCACCUGACUAUGAAGGACAUUGAGAAUAUCAUUAUGACAGAGGAGAAUCACAUCGAGAAUCCUGAGGACUGCCAGGUUGACAUUGACACGGAGAGUCCAACCCAGCAGGUGAAGCAAACAUGCGUACGGAAGAGUCUGAUCUGCGCCUUCGCGAUCGCUUUCAUCAUCAGUGUCAUGCUUAUCGCAGCCAAUCAGGUGCUUCGCAGUGGCAUGAAGUAACGGAAUGGACCGAUAACAACGUUGAUUCAAUUCAAUAUAACAUAUGACAGUGACAAAAAAAAAAAAAAACAUUGCACACACAAACUGGAGCAGCUUAAAAGUUCAUUUUUUUUAGAUGAAAUCCAAAUGUGGUGACACGAAUAUUUUUGAGACGAGCUACGGCUUCCACUGGACAGAAUUUUUCAUAUUUGACAGCAAACGUAAUGCACACAGAUAUAUAAACGCACACAUACUGUGUUUUACCCAAAAAGGUAUGAUAAAAAGUACAUGAAAAGAGAGGAAGAUGAAGUUUAUAUUGUAACGGACUCUAACGGAAAGUUUCCCCUUCAACCGCUCUCAAUAUGUUUUGGGUGAGUUUAGCCGCAUGGAUAUCUACAACCGAGGAUCCUACUCUUUAAUGCAUGACGAUGCAUGGAUUUACAAUAGCCUGGAUGUACCAGUAGAGCUCAGCUGUGCAUCCAUUCAUCUAUAUAUUAGACCCCAAAACAAAUUUUCCAAAGAAAGACCCGUCUCACAUGUAUGAAGAGUUGGAUAUGCAGAAGAGGCCGAUUGUGACAUCUUUUACAUCCAGUAUACUGACCCCCUUGCAUGAGAAUAAGGGCUGUUUAGGGCAUGCUCAUGUCAUGCAAUGUUAGUCUUGUGUUUGUCCAGUAACUAUUGUUGGUUUUUACCAAUUGCACAUGCUUGAAAUGAUUAUUGUCGUACUCAUUAUGGCCAAAAGGGGGAACAUCCUAAAACAUCCUAAAAGUGAUACUAUACCACUAGUGACAUACAUGUAAAGUAUUAAAGGAAUAGAUCACCCAAAAAUGAAAAUCACCUUCAGGCCAUCCAAGAAUUUAACAUUACAUCAUUUGCUCACUAAUGGAUCCUCUGCAGUGAAUGGGUGCCGUCAAAAUGAGAGUCCAAACUGUUGAUUAAAACAUCACAAUAAUCCACAAGAAAUCCAUACGACCCCAGUCCAACAAUAAGUGUCUUGUGUAGUGAAAAGCUGUGUAUUCCAUCAGGAUGUUUUUAACUUCAAACCAUUGCUUCCGACUGAAAUACAAGUCUAUAACCCAUAUUAUUUUCUCCACAAAAAAAGUCAUCUUAUCUGAAUCAACAGAGAAAUAUGCAUGGAUCAAGCACCGUUUAUAAGUGAAAAAAAUUCAACAGA